AUCUGUGGGUGGGUGGUGCUGGUGGUGCUGGCCGCUGGGCAGCUGGUGCAGAUAUUAGAUUUUAUACAAUAAUAUUAUUAAAUGUUAUGGAAGAUAUUUAAUCCUCAACGGAUUAUUAAAAGAAUCAAAACUGAAAUACUAUUACAAGGUUUAAAAAUUCCUAAUAUGUCGUUCUACGCCGUAGCAAAGGGUCGGACACCUGGCAUCUUUGGUUCUUGGGCAGACUGCGAAUCACAGGUAAAAGGAUUCUCUGGUGCUCGCUACAAAAAGUUCAACACAGUUACUGAGGCCCAGGACUUCAUUAACACGCAUGGUGAUAACAAAUCUCAAAAACGGAUUGCUUCCAAUACUCAUAAUGGUAUGAGCUUACCCUCUCGAUCAUUUGCAUCCAACGGACCCUCUAAUACUCUUAAGAGGCCGUUUAGCACUGCAAAUCAAAAUAACUCACACGACGAUCCAAUUAAACCAAAGAAAAAAUCGACAAAGUCAAGACGAGCGUCUACCGACAGCAUUGAUUCUGAUGAUCUAAAUACAAUUAUAGUAAAACAAAUGGAUGACAUAGAGAAGAGACUGAAAGGCUUCGAGAAAGGUGUAGACAAAAUUAUACAAAAAAGCGUGAAGUCUGACAGAAAAGCAAUAAUGAUAGAACCUCAGAGCCUCAAUACGGGAAACAGUUCUAAAAAUUUUAAAAUAGAUAGCAAUGGGUAUGUUCAUGUCUACACUGAUGGUGCUUGUUCAGCUAAUGGUAAAAAGAGUGCGAAAGCAGGUCUAGGAGUCUAUUGGGGUGAAGGCCACCCUUUGAACCUCAGCGAACCAGUCUCAGGCCGUGCUACAAACAACUGUGGGGAAAUUCAAGCUGCUACACGAGCCAUUCAGCAGGCAAUAGACAAUGGUGUAGAUAAGCUAGCUAUCAACACUGACUCAAAGUUUCUGAUCAACUCAAUGACCAAAUGGAUUAAUGGUUGGAAACGAAACGGCUGGAAACUUAAGUCAGGGGAGCCGGUGAAAAAUGAGAAAGACUUCAAGGAUUUGGACAGAAUUCAAGAUAAAAUUUACAUCAAGUGGAAUUACGUAGAAGCUCACAAAGGCAUACAUGGUAAUGAAAGGGCUGACCAGUUAGCCAAAGCUGGAGCUGCUAUGUACAGUAAUUAAAAAUAUAUAAGUUGUUGUUAUUAUUAGUUUGUAAUGAUAAUGAAUAAAAUGAUUUAUGUAUGUACCAUCUAGUUGCAGAUGUCUUGAUGAUCAACAAUCCAUACUAAUAUUGUAAAUGCGAAAGUGUGUCUUGUCUGUCUGACUGCUAGAUAUUCAUGGCCCAACAGCUUCACUGAUUUUUAUCAAAGGUAUAGAAUUAGAAUACAUCCAGGAUGCACAUAGGCUACUUAUUAUAAGAGUUCCCACUGGAUUCUUAAAGGCCCAUCUGAUUAACCAAUUUAUAUGAAAUUUGGUACAUCCUUGCAUCCUGGAAAUUGAUUUCCCACAAGAUUUUAAAAAACCCAAAUUCAUUUAUCAUGUAGUAUACUUUACACUUCUACCAACUUAUACUCAAAUUCUUGUUUAACUGUACUUUAUUUUGUUCUUAUUUUUAACAAUUCUUAUAAGAAUCUGUUGUCACUUGUUAUUAGUAAAGUAUGUAAUAAUGUUAGUGGUACAAGUUUGACAAAUCGUGAGUUGCAAAGUGAUAUCAAAAUAUUUGAGACUAGAGGAUGCUCGCGACUUCGUCCGCGUGGAUUUAGAUUUUUAUAGAUCCCGUGGGAACUGUUUGAUUUUCCGGGAUAAAAAGUUGCCUAUUUUGAUUACAGGGACG